UUCUCUAACAAGGGUUGUUUUUCAUAUUGUUUUUUUUUUCUUUUUUGUUAGAGUUUUGGAAUUUGAAUGGAUUUUCUGGCACGAGUUCUAAAAACAAUUCUACAUAUUAGCUUAACAUCUGCAUAACACAUUUAUAUAGCACAGCUGUUAAUUUUGUCAUUGAUAAGACUUGCAACUAAAAACUAAUUUUUAGUUUAGCAUCCACAACAAACUAUGGACAAUCAGUCACAACAUUCGAAGCGUGUAUUACCAAAUACGCCACGCGUUAGUGAUAAAAUUAUGGAAUAUUAUCAACUUUUUGGACAUGAUCGUGAUUUAGAAAAGUUCAUGCGUCUCUAUUCUCCGGCCAAUAGUCAAGAUAGUCAAAAGACACAAGCUGGUGAAUGUGGGGCAACAUUAGACUCCUGUUGCAAGAGCAGUAAAAGUCGAGAGUCAAUCCCUUCAACCAGCAGUUGUGAGGCCUUAGCUAUGAUGCCAUCUAGACCGUUGAGUGUUUGCGCUGUAGCCAAUAGUAAAAGUCUACCAAAUAUUGAUGUGCAAGGACAGGAUAUUAGAAAUGGAGUAUAUUUUGCCUCCAAUGAUGUUAUUGUGGAUAUAAAUAUUGAAACUGAGGGUGAAAAAGAAAAGAUUUUAAGCAUAUCAACUGAAAAUUUGGAAACACCCAAGAAAACCUUUAAAAAUAUCAAAACACAAACACCUGAAUCUGUUGCUAAAACACAUAGGCGUCUGGAAUGGGACUCCCUAGGUGAUGUUGGCUACAAAAAGUCUAUGUCUACUAGUAAUAUUAGUGUAAUGGAACGGUCUUUGCUGAGAGAGUUUUUCAAAGAAAAUAGUGUUGUCUCUGAACCAGGUACUUCCGCCGCCACAGUCCAAAAAAUAAAACCGAUAGAAACUGUGGAAAAAUUAAAAGCUACUGAAAUUGAGCAUAGCACUCCUCCCCUAGCCUGCAGCACUUUGGUUGAAACAACAAAGAGGGGAGCUAAACCCAAAAUGAUAUCACAGUCAACUUCAUCCACUUCACUGAAUGAGAAAUUUGAAAAAUAUGCACAAACUUCUCUCAUUAAGCCAACAACAGUUCAUUCCCAAGAAAUUCAAUGCACUAUGUCCUCAACAAACUCCAUAAUAGAAGGUACAGCUACGCCCUCUAGUUUUGAAUAUUAUUCAUCAAGAUCAUCGAAAUCUGGAUCGUCAAAAGCAAACGAUUAUUUUUCCAAUGCAAAUGUUCAAACACAAAAUAACCCAUUGGAACAUCCCUUUAUUACCAGCAUUACAGAUUUGUUAAUGAAAAGAAAAGCUUUAGGUGAGAAAAAUCAACAAAAACGUCAUCAAUUUAAUAGUAUACGCGAACUACAAACAAAAUUCCAAGCUGCCAUAGAUGAAAAUAAAGAAAAUCAAUCACAUUCUACAAUAGACUCAACGACGACUGUCACUUCGUUUUCAUUGAGCAAACAAGCACCCGAAUUGGAUUUAGGCAUACAAUUGAUUUGUUCACUUAUCGAUGCUAAAAGUGUUAAUGGCAGACAGAAGAAACAACUAAUACGUGAUAUUGUUAAGCGUAUAACACGUUUAGAUCCCAACGAUCAAACAAGCAACUCUACUACAAUAAAUAGUAGUAGUGCUACAACUAUUAAUUCCAGUGAUAGCAAUCGUCGUCAGAUCUAUGACUCAGUACGUUCAAAUAUUAGUAAUAGACAUAAACAAGUGAAUAUGGCAAAAUUAAAGGCCUCCACGGAGUUGGGUUUAUCGCCUUUAACAGCGGAGAAAGUCAGCACAGAAAAACCUUCUACAUCUUCCAGUAGCACUAAUGAAAAUUCGAAUACUGUUAGUAGCUGUUUAGUAGCUAAACAAUCUAAAGACAAUGUCAAAUCAAAGCCAUUAUAUACACCUGAAUCUCAUUCUCAACUACAUCAAGAUAAAGGUCAUUAUAAAAACUUACCAUACAAUUCAAAAAAUGAAUGUGAAAAUGCCCUAAAAGAAAAUAACACAAAAGUGUCAAGUGCAGCAGCAGCAGCUACAAUUAACAAAGAAACUCAAAGUGAACUAAUUAUGAUGCCGCGAAGCAAGGAUAGAAGCAAACAGAAAACAUCAAAUCUUAAACAAAUGCCAGAAGCGCAUCAAAUUAAACACUCUACAACAUCCAUAGAAAAUAAAACAAAUCGUUCCACACAAACUUCAAAAACUGCAACAACUACAUCCUCAACGACAUCAGUAACCACUACGCCAGAUAUGACAACACAAAAGUUUAUAGCUGCCUCUAAUAAUGAAUUGAAUAAUUCUAAUACCGAUGCCGAUCAGCCUACAAUGCGUGAAUGGCUGAAUCCUUUGACACAAUCCGAAAUUGAAUACGAAGAGAGAAAGCGUCAGGAAUUGAAGAAAAAUACGGCGACUCAACGAGAAAAGUUAAUAAUAAAAUCCAAAAACGAUUCUGGUCGUGUAAAGCAAUUAAAUUGGAUUGAAAAUGAAAUAAACCGACUUGAAUGUUUGAAACAUCUUUUGCUAAAAGACGAAACUACCGACAGAAGUUUACCUACAGAGUACAGUGACUCCCAAAACUUAACUAAGAACUCUACACAAACGGAUAAAUUAUAUGACACUGUCUGUUCCGAUAAGUCAUCGGUUUUAAGUGAAAGUGCCGAACGUUUGGUACAGGAAAUCGAGUUUAUAUUGGAAGAAUCUCAUGAAGAUGUUAUUAAUCUCAAAGACAAUUUAAAACGUACAAAAGACAGAAAAAAAGAAACUCAAAUAAUAUACGAGAAGGAUUUGGACUCAUCAAAAAAAAAUUGUCCCAAAACUAAACCAAAAUUUCGCACACUUAAAGAAAGCAUUAACAUCAGUGAAGAGCAACUGUUAAACGUUAAGGAUGCAGAUAUAAAAAACAAACAACGAAAACAAAGAGAAAAAAUUGAUACCCCCAGCACGGAGAAAAGUCUAGAGUCCGAAAGUUUAAGGGAUUUGGUUCAACAAAGAAAGCGUGAUUUUAUGGCAGCCUAUAAAACAAAAAAACAACACCAUUAUGAAGCCCUUAAACAGCAGCAAAAGGAAGACUUUAAAUAUUUGAACAUACAACGUCAGAUGAAUGAAAAAUUAGCUACCACUACAGAUUCUGAACACUAUUCAGUGCCUCAUACAUUGCCAAGAAAAUAUAUAACCAAUGAUGUGCAUUAUACCUAUACACAACAUCCCUUACCUUUAAUUCCAACAGAAAAUGGUGUUCCUAAGCGCCAGCCUGUUAUGUAUAGUACAACAGCUAUGAGGCAACAACAGACUAAGCCUCAUAUGCAAGCGACCAAACUGAAUAAUACGGAAAUGAUUAAUACCAUCGCCGCCAAUACUAACACCACAACUACCUCCUCGUCUUCAUUGUUUUGCUUGUCUUCAGAUGUUUCGGUGCCAAUGGGUUCUCAAAACACCUCUUCAACUCCUACUACCACCCAUCAAUAUGAUGAUGUAGCCACAGCUGCUGUUUUAGUUGGUGUUGCAGUACAAACCUCAGAUUCCAUAAUGCGUUCAAAACCCAUAUAUGGACCUAAACGUGUCUCACCCACAUUAAAGCCUUAUAACGUGAGCUCCUCAAGUACUACUGCCUGCGUUCAAGUUAAACCCAAAGGCAUUGCGUACGUUAUUGAAUUUUCUGAUAACAACAAACCAGCAUCAAACUCAACUUCCAUUACUGACAUAAACUCAAAUGAUUUACGCACCACAUCAAAUGCUACCAACGAAGUAGCAAAUAAUUUUAAGGCCUUGUUACCCACAGAGCCACAACUAACACUGCAGGAACAUUUGGAAAAGAGCAAACCGAAAUUUAUGCAGCAGUCAAAAGAACGUAAAGCCAUACUUAAUCAAUUGCAAUCUAUGCGUCAGGAACGCGAUCGUCAAUUAAGAGAAAUUAUCGAUAAUACUAGUUUCAAUUCAUUAGAUAGACGCUUACAAUACUUACCACCACCACCAAUACAAAAAGUACGUAUCCUGAAUACCAAGGAAAUGAAAGCGCUCACGAAUAAACGUUUUUCCAGUUUACCCGAAGUUGUAGCCAGACAAAAACGUGACCUUGAAGAGAAAAAACGACGAAGUAAUCGUAUUCUAAGAGAUAUUUUUAAUCGGCGUCUACAAAAGCGCGUGCGCAGUGGUAAAUUAUCAUUAAAUCACAGCAAAACUGUAAUUUAAAUUUAGAUAGUUGAAAAAUAGGAUACACGACAAUUCAAUACAAUGAAUUAUUGGAGCAGUAAUUUAUGCAUAUAUUUUGUUAAUCAUAAUUUUUUAAAUAAAUAUUUUAGAAACUUGUUAAGAAUACCAGUUGUUAGAUGAAACAAAUAAAUUGAAUUUACAUAAAUUUGUUAAAAAAAAUACAAAUAA